AACUCUGUCUUUCAAUUCGGCCACCAUGGAAAGAUAAGUAUGCAAGACCCGGAGGGCAGUGCAGAGCCAGCAGCAAGCGCCCCGGCCUCCUCCAAAGCCUUCCUCCUCCCUUUAGCCACGAUGCUGCUGGUCCUGGGAGCCUUCCUCCUGCUGGCCUUUUCGGCCUCUGAGCCCAAAGAGGACGGUUUUUACGCUUUCCAAGUCGUCAACAUCAGGGGCAAGCUGGUCUCCUUGUCCAAAUACAGAGGCGCGGUCUCCUUAGUUGUCAAUGUUGCAAGUGAGUGUGGAUAUACUGACAGCCACUACAAAGCACUGCAAAAACUACAGAGGGAACUUGGCUCAUCUCUUUUUAAUGUGCUGGCAUUCCCUUGCAAUCAGUUUGGACAGCAAGAACCAAAUACUAAUAAAGAAAUAGAGAGUUUUGCCCGAAAAACAUAUGGAGUCUCCUUUCCCAUGUUCAGCAAAAUUGCAGUCAUAGGCACAGGGGCGAAUCCAGCCUUCAAAUAUUUAAUUGAAUCCACUGGUGAGGAGCCAACCUGGAAUUUCUGGAAAUACCUUGUAGAUCCAAAUGGAAAAGCAGUGAAGGCUUGGGACUCUACUGUCACUAUUGAAGAAAUAAAACCUUAUGUCACUGAACUUGUGAGAAAUAUCAUCCUGAAGAAGAGAGACGAACUGUGACUUUUAAAAUAUGUGAUGUUGGGGGUUUUCUGGUAGCCCAGUUACAAUUUGGACUGUUAUUUUUUUACCUCUUAACAUUCCUAAAAGAAAAUGUAGCCAAUUUCUUUAGCUUCCAUACCCUAAAUCAGUGCUCCUCAAUCUUUGGUCUUCCAGAUGUUUUGGACUUCAGCUCCUAGAAGCCCUAGCCAAAAUGGAUAAUGGUCAAGGUUCUGGAAGUCAAAGUCCAAAACACAGGCACUACUAAAAAAGAUAACUAGAUAGUCUGUGUGGUCAUAAGAGCAGUCAUUAUAUUCAAAAAUUAUAAUGCCUGUCUGAAUAAGGUAUCUUCUGUGGUACUGAAGCUAUUCACUCAGUCAGUUGCCUCUUAAAAUCCAGACAGUGAGUUGGAUACAAACAUCUUGUGAGUGAAUUUCCAAUGACAGAAAGGGAUGGGAAUCUUGUGAUUUUUUGGAUCUCUUUGGACUAAAGUCUUCAUUGUUCCAGUCAUUCCCCGAACUGUCUUGAUGAAAGUAGUUCAGCAUCAUCUGAUGAGCCAAACUGCCCUCCCCUUUUGAUGGAAGGCCAAGGAGAGACGAUUGUCUCCAGUUUGCCUACAGUAUAUGUAUGCACCUUUAAGUUGCCUAUCAACUUAUGCAGCCUCAUAAAUUUCAUAGCGUUUUCCUAGGCAAGGAAUGCUCAAAGGCGUUUUUCACCCAUUCUUUCCUCUGAAAUACAGGCUACAGCACUUGGUAUUGGUUGGUAGUCUCCCAUCCAGGUACUAACCACAGUCGACCUUGCUUAGCUUCCAAAACUAGAUGGGAUCUGGUACCUUUAGUACCUCUCUUCAAACUGGAGGUACUGGAGAGGUAGAGGAACUGACACAACAGCAUAGGAGGAGGUGAGGGGCGAUAGGGCCAGUGAAAAUUAAUGGAAACCACUUCCCCUCCUUUCUUUCCAGCAGCCUUGUUGGAUUCAAAGUCAUAUAUGAGUGCAAGAACUCCUUCCUUCCAUGAAGUUUGCUAAAACUGGCACUGGGCUUCUUUGGAUUCACCACAAAGGAGAGGGAGCACCUUGUCAAUUGAGGGCAUCAAUUCUUCAUUGCAAUAUGCGAGAUAAAUUGAUGAGGCUUCUUAUUUCCCUCCCUCCCACUCCACCCCUUCCCUGGCCACUAACACUAUGAGUCCAAAAAAGAUCUGUGAGCUUCCCCAAAUUUCUCCAGAUUCAGCUUGAGAUGGGUAGGUGUCAAUGAACAAGCUAUGUUUUUUCCCAGCACAGUACAGUUCUUCCUACAUGGGGAUUCAACAUUUUUAUAGAGGAGAGAGAAGGAAUUGUCAUCUGGAAGCAUUUGUUUAUUUCCUACAUUGUAAUCACCAUAUUAUCAAUAUGUGACUACCCAAACUGGAAAAUGUCCAUGCUUGUAACCACUGGUAAAAGGGAUGGAGAUUUUUCAGCCUGAACCAGAAUAAAAAGGGAUCACAGUA